AUGAGCCCAACGGAACAACAGCGCGGUAUUCGCAUUGCGAUAGAUCGUGGCGGCACCUUUACCGACUGUGUUGGAACGCUGAAUGGCGAGGAUGUCGUGAUAAAAUUGUUAUCAGAGGACCCUGCAAAUUACGACGAUGCGCCGCUGGAAGGGAUACGACGCAUUAUGAGCCACUUCCAGAACCGGGAGAUUCCGCGGGGCGAGCCUUUAGAUACCUCACAAAUUGAUAGCAUACGCAUGGGUACCACAGUCGCGACAAACGCCCUGCUUGAACGGAAAGGAGAGAAGAUUGCGCUAGUAGUUACCAAGGGAUUCCGUGAUUGUCUUACUAUCGGAAACCAGAGCCGACCGAAGAUUUUUGAUCUUGCUAUCAAGAAACCCGACGUCCUAUAUGAAGAAGUUGUCGAGAUAGACGAGAGAGUGACACUUGAAGACUAUGCGGAAGACCCGGUAAGGAAUGUUACUAAGGCUGAGGUGAGAGCUGGUUCUCCCGAAGCCGCCAAGUCAGAGCUGGUUAUGGGUCUUUCUGGCGAAGCCGUCCGAGUUCUUGAGAGGCCUCCAGAGGAUAAGAUCAAGGACCAACUGAAGAACAUAUAUGAUAAAGGCAUUCGGAGCAUAGCCGUGUGCUUAAUGCACGGCUACACCUUCCCCGACCACGAAGCUAUGAUCGGGAGAAUCGCGAAAGAUAUCGGUUUCGAGCAUGUCUCACUGAGUCACGAGCUGAUGCCCAUGAUUAAACUCGUCUCACGCGCGACGAGCGUGUGUGCUGAUGCCUAUCUCACACCAGCCAUCAAGAAAUACAUUUCUGGGUUUCAAAAGGGCUUCGUUGGUGGGCUAGGCACACGGAGCGUCUUGACAGAGAAAGGCGACAGGGGCGCUAGGUGCGAGUUCAUGCAGAGCGAUGGCGGACUGGUUGAUGUGGAAAAGUUUACCGGUCUGAAAGCUAUUCUAUCGGGUCCGGCUGGUGGGGUGGUAGGGUAUGCUAUCACAAGCUACGACGAAGAGACUAAGAUUCCUGUCAUUGGAUUCGACAUGGGCGGCACCAGUACAGAUGUUUCUCGAUACGGUGAAGGGCGAUACGAGCACGUGUUCGAGACGACUACAGCCGGCGUAACCAUCCAAUCCCCUCAACUCGACAUAAACACCGUUGCUGCUGGAGGCGGAAGCCGCCUCUUCUUCAAGAACGGGCUCUUUGUUGUCGGCCCCGAAUCUGUCGGCGCUCACCCUGGCCCAGCCUGCUACCGAAAAGGUGGACCUGCCGCAGUGACAGACGCCAACUUAUUCCUCGGCCGUCUUCUGCCUGAAUUUUUCCCUAAGAUAUUUGGCAAGAAUGAGGACGAGGGUCUAGAUUACGAGGCUAGCAAGAAUGUUAUCCAAGAACUUGCUGACCAGAUCAACCAGGAGACAGGAAAAAAUCUUAGUCUAGACGAGGUGGCUUACGGCUUUUUGACCAUUGCCAACGAGGCCAUGACGAGACCAAUCAGAUCUAUUACCGAAGCCAAGGGACAUGACUCUUCAAAGCAUCGCCUUGCGACGUUUGGUGGAGCAGGUGGUCAGCACGCUGUUGCUAUUGCUGAUGCUUUGGGCAUCAAACAAAUCUUGGUACACAGAUAUUCAUCCGUGUUAUCAGCAUAUGGUAUGGCUCUAGCAGACGUUGUAGAUGAGAGACAAGAGCCCGAAUCCAAAGUUUGGCAAGACAAAGGCGAUGUCGUCGAUGAACUGCAAGGUAAAAUGGAAAAGCUUAAAGAAAAGUCACGCCAGGCACUCCGUGAUCAAGGGUUCGAAGAUGACGAGAUUGUGUUUGAAGAGUAUCUCAAUAUGCGAUACCGGGGAACAGAAUCUGCUCUUAUGAUCGUCAAGCCUAGUGAGGCAGAAGCUAAGGAAUCAUUCGACGGCGAUUCCUGGGCAUUUGGCAAGGCAUUCGUGAAACACCAUCGUUACGAAUUUGGGUUCACUCUUGACGAGCGUGAUAUUAUCGUCGAUGAUGUACGUGUGCGAGGAAUAGGCAAAAGCUUCCGCUACCAGGAAAAGACGGUCGACCAACAACUAAAGGAGGUCAAGCGUCAAUCUGCGGGAGAUGAGAAGGCUUAUCGCAAGUCACAAGUAUACUUCGAAGGGGGCCGCCGAGAGACUCCUCUCUAUAAGUUAGAGGACCUGGCCGUCGGCGACGAAAUCACUGGUCCCGCUGUCCUCGCAGAUGGCACGCAGACUAUCGUCGUCACGCCUAAUGCCAAAGCGUUGAUUCUACAAACACACGUUAUUAUUGACCUGACAAAUGAGAGCGGCAAAAACGAGUCCGAAAAGAAGGGGUCUACCGAACGAGAGGUCGACCCCAUCAUGCUCAGCAUCUUCGGCCACCGCUUCAUGGCUAUUGCCGAGCAGAUGGGUAGAGCUCUACAAAAGACAAGCGUCAGCACUAACGUGAAAGAGCGACUUGAUUUCUCAUGUGCCAUAUUUGACGCCACCGGAGGAUUAGUUGCGAAUGCGCCGCAUUUGCCUGUCCACCUCGGAUCGAUGUCGACUUGUGUUAGAACACAAGCAAAGAUCUGGGAAGGAAAGUUGAAGAAAGGAGAUGUGAUAAUCUCGAACCAUCCAUCAUAUGGCGGGACGCAUUUGCCGGACAUUACCCUCCUGAUGCCUGCCUUUGAUGCGAAGGGAGAGAAAAUUUUGUUCUACGCUGCCUCGCGAGCACACCACGCGGAUAUCGGCGGUAUCACAGCUGGUAGUAUGCCACCUCAUUCCCGUGAAUUGUACCAAGAAGGCGCUGCAAUCAAGAGUGAGAAGAUUGUGAGCGAGGGUAAGUUCAAUGAAGAGAGAAUAACAGAGUUGUUAUACAAGGAGCCGGCGCAAUAUCCUGGGUGUAGCGGCACCCGAUGUCUGGCAGACAACAUCAACGAUCUCAGGGCACAGGUAUCUGCGAACCAGAAGGGUAUCUCGCUCAUAGAGAACCUCAUAGAAGAAUAUGGAGAAGAAACCGUUCAGUUUUACAUGGUUAAAAUCCAGGACAACGCUGAGCAAUGCGUGAGAAAACUACUGAAAGACGUUUACAAGAAAUUCGAAGGCAAGGACCUGUCGUCAGUGGAUUACAUGGACGAGGGCACGCCAAUCCGCCUCCGUGUGACGAUUGACCCCGAAAAGGGUGAGGCUAUCUUCGACUUCGAGGGCACGGGGCCACAGGUCUACGGAAACGUCAAUGCGCCCGAGGCCAUAACGUACAGCGCUAUCAUCUACUGCCUACGGUGUCUGAUAUCUCAGGACAUCCCGCUAAACCAGGGCUGUCUUAAACCGAUCCACGUCAAGAUCCCGCCCAAGUCACUGCUUUCUCCGUCGACUGGCGCCGCAGUCGUCGGCGGCAACGUGAUGACGAGCCAGCGCGUCACAGAUGUCAUCUUCAAGGCCUUCGAAGCGUGCGCGGCUAGCCAAGGUGACUGCAAUAACCUCACGUUCGGCUUUGGUGGCAACCUGUCCGGCGAGAAAGAGGUCAAGGGCUUCGGAUACUACGAGACUAUCGCGGGUGGCUCCGGUGCCGGCCCUACAUGGGAAGGCACGAGCGGCGUGCACACGCACAUGACCAAUACGCGCAUCACGGACUCGGAGGUCUUCGAGCGCCGGUACCCGGUACUCCUGCGCGAGUUCUCGAUCCGCAAGGGCUCGGGCGGUAAAGGCCAGCACCGCGGCGGCGACGGUGUCGUGCGCGACAUCGAGUUCCGGAUUCCCGUGCAAGCCUCCAUUCUCAGCGAGCGCCGCGUGUACAGGCCGUACGGUCUCGCGGGUGGCGAGGACGCCGAGUGCGGCCUGAACAUCUGGGUCCGACGCGUCGCCAAAUCGAACCCGGAGAAAGACCUCGCGGCGCAAGGCCAGCAUGCGGCGGACGAGCAGGGCGAGGACGUCGAAUACGAGGAGCGUUGGAUCAACAUGGGCGCGAAGAAUACCGCAGCUAUGAAGGCCGGGGAUAGGAUCAUUAUAAAUACGCCAGGUGGCGGUGGUUGGGGUCCUGUCGGGGGCGAGAGGGCUGUUGCUGAUGGAAAGGAUCAUACUAAGGCGUGGCGAGGUGGAAGUCAUGCGGCGAGAGAGGAGUUGGCGCUGCAGGCUUAA